AUGCGCGGCAACCAAAAUAAUCAAUAAGAUCCACGCAACCUUCUCCGUGGCUCGUCUGGGCAACGUGCAUGUGCCGGCAGUCGACAUGAGGCGCUGCAGCAACGCGCUGUCCCAACGGGCGCCGUAACAAAACAUGUGGAACAACGAUGACAUCCACUUCCGACGCAGAGGAUGACCUCGAGUCCACCGGCAGCUUCCUGGAGGCCAAUCCGGCCCUGGUGGAGCGCUGGCUCAAGCACCAUGCCUCCCCUGGUCUGCGGCAGAGGGUCCACCAGGCCUUGCAGAACUCGCCCAAGAACUCAACCAUGACCCCCGACCUGUUCCAGCUCUGGCUGGCCGCCUCGCCGUCCAGAAACGAUUACAAUGCAUCGCAAAACGUCCGUCCCAACAGAGAUUUCGAGUCGAUGGAGGAAUCGGAGCUUUUCAUGGAGCUGAUCAGAGAUGUGGCCAAUGAGCUUGAUAUCGACGUGCUGUGCCAUAAGAUUCUGAAGAACGUCAGUAUUUUGACUCAUGCUGAUAGGGGGUCGUUGUUUUUAGCUAGAGGGAUUGGUAGCGAUAAGUAUCUGAUAGCUAAGUUGUUUGAUGUUAGGCAUGAUACCUCUCUGGAAGAGGCGAUCAAGAUGGCAAGGGCUGAGGAGAUCAGGAUACCUUUUGGUGUAGGUAUUGCUGGGAGCGUGGCUCAGAGUAAGACGCUGAUCAACAUCAAAGAUGCUUACAACGACAACCGUUUCAACAACCAAAUCGACAUGCGCACCGGCUACAAAACGAAUUCUAUCCUCUGUAUGCCAAUUUGCAACUACGACGGUGACGUCAUCGGCGUGGCUCAGAUAAUAAACAAAACAAACGACUCUCAAGAGUUCACCAAGCAUGAUGUUGAGGUGUUCCAAAGGUACUUAACUUUUUGUGGUAUUGGAUUGCAGAAUGCUCAGCUUUUUGAAGUAUCCGUCCUGGAGUACAAGCGAAAUCAGAUCCUUCUGAACCUCGCUAGAAGUAUUUUCGAAGAACAGAACAAUUUAGAAUGUCUAGUCACUAAAAUAAUGAAACAAGCCCAAGAUCUUCUUAACUGUGAGAAAUGUGCUGUAUAUUUGAUGGAUUUGGACUUGGGAGAAGCAAGUCAUCUGGAAAGAAUCCUGGAACGUCCUGGAAGAGUUAUAGAGCGCCAAGGACCUCUGAACCGGGUGGAGAGUGGAACAAUCACAGCAGAAGACAUGAGAGAGUGUGGCCUCAAGAAACCCUGCACCUUCACUACUGUCUUCGAGCUGCGCGACGGUGGUAACAACACUCUUGUCUCUAGACCUUCAUGCUUCGACUUGAAGACCUCAACAUUAGCCCAAAUCGCCGGUUACGCAGCUACCACAGGCCAAAUCCUCAAUAUCGGCGACGUGGGAGCCUGGCUUAACAUGCAGCAUACCGAAGGUGAUGCUGAAUCGGCUAAGACGAUCCUGUGCAUGCCAAUUAUUAACGGACAAAAGAGGCUGAUAGGUGUCGCCCAGCUCAUAAACAAGAACAAUGGAGUAGCUUUCACAGAGUGCGACGUUUCUCUCUUCGAGGCCUUCGCCAUAUUCUGUGGUCUAGGCAUACAUAACACCCAGAUGUACGAGAACGCCUGCAAGUUGAUGGCUAAGCAGAAGGUAGCUCUAGAAUGUCUCUCUUACCACGCCACUGCAGGAAACGAUGAUACGGAAAAAUUGUCGAAGGUGGAAAUACCAUCAGCGAACAAAUUCAACCUGUACAGUUUCACCUUCAUCGACUUUGAGUUGUCGGACGAAGACACGUGUAAAGCCACCAUAAGAAUGUUCCUCGAAUGUAACUUGGUGCAGCAGUUCCUCAUACCUUACGAUGUCCUCUGCCGUUGGGUGCUGAGCGUGAAGAAGAACUAUCGACCUGUCAAGUAUCACAAUUGGAGACACGCACUCAAUGUCACUCAAACAAUGUUCGCAAUGUUUAAGACUGGAAAGAUGGAAAGGUUCAUGACAGAUCUGGAGAUACUGGGUCUCUUAGUCGCCUGUCUUUGUCACGACUUGGAUCACAGAGGGACGAACAACGCAUUCCAGACAAAAACGGAGUCUCCACUGGCAAUACUCUACUCCACAAGUACCAUGGAGCACCAUCAUUUUGACCAGUGCGUCAUGAUCUUGAAUACCGACAGCAAUAAUAUAUUCCAAGCAUUAUCACCAUACGAUUACCGGAAGGUAAUGAAAUUGGUGGAAACUGCAAUCUUAUCGACUGAUUUAGCAAUGUACUUUAAAAAGAGGAAUAAAUUUUUAGAAUUAAUAGACAAUGGAGAAUUUGAUUGGCAGAGCGACGACAAAAAAGAGCUUCUCUCUGGUAUGAUGAUGACAGCCUGUGAUGUUAGUGCUAUUGCAAAACCUUGGGAAGUCCAACACAGAGUGGCCAAACUAGUGGCAGAUGAGUUCUUCGAUCAAGGCGAUUUGGAGAAGAUGCAAUUGAAGGAACAACCCAUAGCGAUGAUGGACAGGGAAAGAAAAGAUGAACUACCACAGAUGCAAGUCGGUUUUAUAGAUGUUAUAUGCCUUCCUUUAUACAAAGUUUUAUCCGAUACCUUUCCUUGGGUGCAACCUUUGUAUCAAGGGACGUUGGAGAACAGAAAAAAUUGGCAAGACUUGGCCGAGAAAGUUGAAAUGGGUCUUACCUGGAUUGAUCACGACACUAUCAAUGAAGCAUUCAAAGAUGCAGAAGAAACGAAGGAUAUUGAAUUCACUGUGCAAACCUUCAACACCGUUGCCAGCAAUCAGGGUGGCCAAUAUGUUGAAUCGAAAAUCAAGAGGAACAAGACGAAAUUCUGUUGUGUGUUGUGACAAAGCGAUUCCUACGAUCAAUUUCCUCAAAAACCUUAAAGACAUAUACUCUCUUUACAAGUUCUAUACUCAGUUGUACUUCUAUCUGUUCUAGAUUUCCUUUAUUUUUAUAGAAUUGUCUGCAAUCUAAUAUUUACAAUUGUGAUCUCUGAAUAAGACAUCUAACGUAUUUUAAGACAUGUAAAUAAUAAAGAAUUUGUUAUCGAUAUG